CCUUCCCCUGGCAACGGCUUGUUCCUAGCAACCGAGCCUCGGCGGGUCCAGGCGGAGCUGCCAGCGGGCGGGAGGCCGCUGCCAUGAAUCCGUCAGGAAACCUUGGGGUCAUAGAGCAGAAUGGGGACGAAAACUUAGCUACCCCGAUUCACGGGCCCUCGGUGCAUUCGGAUAACCCGCAGGAGCGUAUCCAGGCCAGGCGCCUGCGCAUCGCUGCUCGCCAGGAAGCCCGGAGGCGGGAAGCCUUGGGAGAGUAUCUAGAUGGGAAGAAGGAGAGUGAGGAGGAGCAGAGCAAGAGCUACAAGCAGAAAGAAGAGAGCAGACUGAAACUGACGAAACUACUGCUCUGUGGUACGGAGUUGGUGACAAAUAUCCUGGUGGCUACCGACAUCCGAGAGAUCCAUAGGAGGGUGGAAGAAGAAGAGAUUAAGCGUCAGAGACUCGAGAAGCUGGAGAAUGAACUUAAGACCAGCCAGGACAAAUUUGACGAAAUCACGGUGAAAUGGGAGGAGGGCCGACGGAAGCGGAUUCCCCAGGAACUGUGGGAGAUGCUCAACACCCAGCAGGUGCACUGCGCUGGCCUCGUGGAGGACAAGAACAAGCUGAUCAGCGAGCUGCAGCAGGAGUUAAAAAUAAAGGAUGACCAGUAUGUGAAGGACUUGAAGAAACAGUCAGACGACAUCAGCCUGCUUCUGGAGAGGAUGGAGGAGCAGGUGAAGAAUGUGAUGAAGAACUUCCGUCAGGAGCUCUUUCACAUCGAGAAAGCGUUUGAGCUAGAACGGCAAGAGCUACUGUCCAAUAACAAGAAGAAGUGGGAGCGAGCACUGCAGGCUCACAAUGCCAAGGAGCUGGAGUACCUCAUCAACCGCAUGAAGAAGGUGGAGGACUACGAGAAGCAGCUCAACAAGCAGCGGGCCUGGGACUGUGAAGAGUACAACACCAUCAAGAUCAAGCUAGAGCGGGACGUGCAGAUUCUCGAGCAACAGCUUCAGCAGAUGAAAGCAACUUACCAGCUCAACCAAGAGAAGUUAGAGUACAACUUCCAAGUGCUGAAGAAGAGGGAUGAAGAGAGCACUGUGAUCAAAUCCCAGCAGAAGAGGAAGCUGAACCGCCUGCACGACGUCCUCAACAACCUGAGGGCAAAAUACGCCAAGCAGAUAAAGCAGUUCCAGGAGGAGAACCAGACCCUGGCCUCCGACUACAAACGGCUACAGAGAACCAUGAGACACUUCGCCGUCAUUGACGCGGAGAAGUUCCGGGAGAUUUGGCUGAUGAACGAAGAAGAGGCCAAGGCGCUGGCGCAAAGAGCCUUCGAUGUGGACAGCAUCAUCAGCACCCAGCACCUGGGGCUGCCCUGGCAGAUGCCCGACUACUGGUUCCUGAAGAACGUGGGGCCGAUUUCCCUGCAGCAGCGCAAGUCGGUCACACAGAUACUGGAAGAGCUGCUGCUGCAGACAGAGGAUGAGGAGAUGUCAGAAGACGAGUCUUACAUGGACCUGCCCCAGCAAGUCUCGGCGAAAACUACCAAAAGGAUCUUGAUGCUCCUGUGUGACGAGUCGGGUUUCCUCAUAGAGAGCAAACUGCUGAGCCUGCUCCUCCCCCUGGAGAAGAGUGAAUGCUAUCUGCUGAGGUUGGACGCCAUCUUCUCUGCCCUGGGAAUUGAAAGUGAGGAUGACCUGUACAAGCUGGUGAACUUCUUCCUUCAGUACCGAGCACACCGAUUAUCCUCUGCUCAGUACAGCACCUCCAUUCAAACCAACACAGCGCGCACAAGCCUGAUGUCCCAGCUGGAGCGUUUGAGCGUGAUGUCCCAGGUGGACAGGAAGAGCAUGGUGUCCAAAUCGGAGCUGGAGCCCACAGAGCAGGGGGUCCACGGAGGCGACAACGAGAGCCUUGUGGGCAGGAUGUUGAGAGAGGAGGAAGACCAGGCUUCCCCCAGGCUCAUCCACCCCAACGAUGUUCUCAAGAUUCUGGAGGCCUUUGUCAUGGGGCUGAAGAAACCCAAGGACACUCGGCCAGUCCUGAGAGUGAAGAAGGAAGUUCGAGAUAACUCCAAGGACACCGAGUACUGGGAAUCCCUGGCCAAUGUUAUCCCUUUCUCCAAGCAGAGCCUCUGGGAUGCGCUGUACAAGGCCUUGGAGAAAUAUUACCUCGUGCUGACGGACAGGGCCAAGAUGCUGAUGGAGAAUGACUCCCUGGAGCAGCAGAACGCCGAGAUGCAGUCUCUGCUGCAGCAGUAUCUCCAGGCCAAGGUAAAUACUGAACUGCAGAUUCCUCCAACCCAAAGCUUCCGGAUGCCCACAAAGUAGAGAUGUGUGUGCAAGCCUGGUGUCUAGAGUCCCCACCUGUCACCCGAGAGCCUGGACCCACCCUGGGUUUUCCAGAGCUGUAUCUGCCUGCCAAAAUUAGGCAGCCACGGUCCCCACAGUUCUAAUAAAGUCUUUGAAAGCUUA